AUGUCCGCCCAACUCGCAGGUGCCUGCGGCGACUGCUGCGUCAAGACCGUCCACCACAUCGGCGUGGCGCGCGGCGAGGCCGUCGAGAUCGCCGGCGUGCGCACCUACACCGUCACCCCCGCCGCCUUGGGACAAAAGCUCGAGGGCCACGGCAAGGGCGUCAUCCUCUACUUCUCCGACAUCUUCAGCGCGUUCUACCUCAACGCGCAGCUCACGAUGGACUACUUUGCCGAGAACGGUUACACGGUGUUAGGUAUCGACUACCUGAACGGAGAGAGCGCGCUCCACCUCAGCGACCCGAUGACGGAGUGGACGGCGUGGGUCGAGCCGCACGUCAAGCGCGCCCCCGAGGUGACCAAGCCCUGGCUCGAGGAGGUCCGCAAGCAAUACGCGGGCGCGAAGUUCUUCUCCAUCGGGAACUGCUUCGGGGCGCCGUUCGUGAUGAACGUGCUCGCGCAGGACUGGGUGACCGCAGGCGCGUUCGCGCACCCGACGUACCUCACUGAGGACCAUUUCAGGCGUGUGAAGCGUCCCCUGUUGAUGCUUGUUCCCGAGGAUGACUACCUGUUCCCCACCGCGAGCCGACGCCGUGCGGUCGACAUCCUCGUCGAAGAAAAGAAGGACUACAGCCUCGUUGUGUACGGCGGAUUGGAGCACGGGUUCGCCACACGCGGAGAUCCGAGCGUGCCAAACCAGAGGUGGGGCAAGGAGCACGCGGCGCUCAGCGCGCUGGCCUGGUUCGACCAUCAUAGGAGUGUCAACGCCGCCUGA